AUGUUUACCCCAGUAACAAGCGUGCAGACCAAUCGAGCAUAUGCCCCUUUCGCACACUACGUAUGUUGCCCAGAGGAAGCCCCCGAAGCACUUCGCCAACAAUAUUAUGAAAUGCAGUCGCAAGCAAUAAAGGCCGGCGGCCAAGUCUGGCUCUCCGGUCAGAUCCCUGCGGAUGCGCACGGUAAUCUAAUCAAAGGAUCCACCGUCGAGAAAACCAAAGCCAUCAUCCAGAAUACCGAAGCUAUUCUUAAAGAGGCCGGCUCCGGACUGGACCGGGUUGUCAAAGUGGUGGUCUAUGUUAGAGACGCCAGUAUAAUGCCUGACUUUGCUUCUGUGUAUGAUCCCGCGUUUCCACAUCGUCCGGCACGGUCUAUGGUGGAAGUAUCCAAAUUGCCUGCUGGGGUAGAUAUUCAGGUGGAUUUCAUUGCUGUUGUGUGA